AUGGGUUGUGUGAAGUCGAAGGAAGCUGGUGUUCAAAAGAAGAUAAAAAUCGACCUUGACCCCCACCCUUUCCUCCAGAAGUGCCAUUACGUGAAGGAUCCCACAGCCACCAGCAGGAGGAGUGAUAAUGUCCCUGAUGUGGCUGUGUCCCCACCCGAGGAUGGCUCGGAGGACACGGUGGUGCUGGCACUCUAUGACUACGAGGCGAUGCACGCUGGGGACCUGAGCUUCCAGAAAGGGGAGCAGCUGAAGGUGUUGGAGGAGCUCGGGGAGUGGUGGCGGGCGAGGUCGCUGCUCACGGGGCACGAAGGCUUCAUCCCCAGCAACUACGUCGCCCAAGUUGACUCGCUGGAGGCUGAGGAGUGGUUUUUCAAGGGCAUCAGCCGGAAGGACGCGGAGCGGCAGCUCCUUGGCCCUGGGAACAUGGUCGGGUCCUUCAUGAUACGGGAGAGUGAGACAACAAAAGGCUGCUACUCGCUGUCGGGGCGGGACGGGGACAGCGGCACCGUGAAGCAUUACAAGAUCCGGACGCUGGAGAGCGGCGGCUUCUACAUCUCCCCCCGCAGCAGCUUUGAGACGCUGCAGGAGCUGGUCCAGCACUACAAGGGGCAGAGUGACGGGCUGUGCCAGAAGCUCACCUACCCCUGCUACACACCCAAACCCCAGAAGCCCUGGGAGAAAGAUGCCUGGGAGAUUCCUCGGGAGUCAUUGAGGCUGGAGAGGAAGCUGGGAGCUGGGCAGUUCGGAGAAGUGUGGAUGGCUACCUACAACGAGCACACCACGGUGGCAGUGAAGACCAUGAAGCCAGGCAGCAUGUCUGUGGAUGCCUUCUUGCAGGAGGCCAACCUGAUGAAGACACUGCAGCAUGACAAGCUGGUGAAGCUGUAUGCUGUGGUCACCAAGGAGGAGCCCAUCUACAUCAUCACUGAGUUUAUGGAGAAAGGCAGCUUGCUGGAUUUCCUGAAGAGUGAGGAGGGGAACAAGCAGCCGCUCCCGAAACUGAUUGACUUCUGUGCCCAGAUUGCAGAAGGGAUGGCUUUUAUCGAGAAGAGGAACUACAUCCACAGAGACCUGAGGGCUGCCAACAUCCUGCUGUCGGCGCUGUUGGUGUGCAAGAUCGCAGACUUCGGGCUGGCCAGGGUCAUUGAGGAUGAUGAGUACACGGCCCGGGAAGGUGCCAAGUUUCCCAUCAAAUGGACUGCACCAGAAGCCAUCUACUAUGGGUCUUUCACUAUAAAAUCAGAUGUCUGGUCCUUUGGGAUCCUCCUGACUGAGAUCAUUACCUAUGGGCGCAUCCCAUACCCAGGGAUGUCGAGCGCGGAGGUGGUCAGGGCGCUGGAGCACGGGUACCGGAUGCCGCGCCCCGGGAACUGCCCCGAGGAGCUGUACCGGCUCCUCACC